ACCGUGUACGUGCGAGAGAUUCCCGCGGGCGCGUCGGAGGCGGACGUCCACGAUCACUUCUACACGUGCGGCGCCGUGCGCGAGUGCAGGGUUUCGGCGGACCCGCACCCGCCCUCCAAGACGGACGCGGGCGCGGGCCCUGACACGAAUAAGAAGACGCGCGUCGCGUUUGUCGCGUUUGAGACGGAAAACGCGGUGCGGGAAGCCUUGACGAUGGACGGGUCGCUCCUGCUCGGCGAACCCAUCCAGGUGAUGCCCUCGCGCACGGAGGUGAUGCCGGUGAAUCCGGGAUUACUGCCGCGGACGGAGGAGGAACGGGAGCGGUGUGCACGGACGGUGUACGUGUCGAACGUGGACCCCGACGUGCGAUCGAAUGAGUUGCGCUCGGCGCUGGAGGCGAUCGCCGACGGGAAGAUCGCGGCGCUUCACCUG